CCCAGUCCCACCAACUUGGACUCCGGCAACAACGGCGGCCGAACCACAGGACAACCCAGUGUCACCGACUUGGACCCUGUCAACAACAGCGGCCGAGCCAAUGCCCAACCCAGUCUCACCAACUCGGACUCCGGCAACAACGGCGGCCGAGCCAACGGACAACCCAGUAUCACCGACUUGGACCCCGGCAACAACCGCAGCUGAAACAACGCCCCACCCAGUGUUACCGUCUUGGACGCCUGCAACAACAGCGGCUGAGCCAACAUCCGACCUAGUCUCCUUGACUUGGACUCCGGAAACAACGGCGGCCGAGCCAACGCCCCACCCAAAUUCACCGACUUGGACGCCGGCAAAAAGGGCGGCCGAGCAAACACACCACCCAGUCACACCGACUUGGACUCCGGCAACAACGACACACGAGCUAACGCCCGACCCAUUCUCACCGACUUGGAUUCCUGCAACAACGGCAGCCGAGCCAAUGCCCAACCCAGUCUCACCAACUUGGACUCCAGUAACAACGGCGGCCAAGAAAAUGGACAACACAGUAUCAUCGACUUGGACUCCGGCAACAACAGCGGCCGAGCCAAUGCCCAACCCACUCUCACCAACUUGGACUCCGGCAACAACGGCGGCCGAGCAAACGGACAACCCAGUAUCACCGACUUGGACUCCGGCAACAACGGCGGCCGAGCCAACGCCACUCCCAUUCUCACCUACUUGGAUGCCUGCAAUAACGGUGGCCGAGCCAAUGCCCAACCCAAUCUCACCGACAUGGACGCUGGCAACAACGACGGCCGAGCCGACGCUCCACCCAGUCACACCGACUUGGAAUGCGGCAACAACGGCGGCCGAGCCAAUGCACAACCCAGUCUCACCAACUUGGACUCCAGCAACAACGGCGGCCAAGCAAACGGACAACCCAGUAUCACCGACUUGGACUCCGGCAACAACCGCGGCCGAGCCAACGCCCCACCUGGUCUCACCAACUUGGACGCCGGCAACAACGAUGGCCGAGCCAACGCCUCGCCCUUUCUCACCGACUUGGAUGCCUGCAACAUCAGCGGCCGAGCCAACGCCCCACCCUUUCUCACCAACUUGGAUGCCUGCAACAACGGCAGCCGAGCCAAUGCCCUACCCAGUCCCACCAACUUGGACUCCGGCAACAACGGCGGCCGAACCACAGGACAACCCAGUGUCACCGACUUGGACCCUGUCAACAACAGCGGCCGAGCCAAUGCCUAACCCAGUCUCACCAACUCGGACCCCGGCAACAACGGCGGCCGAGCCAACGGACAACCCAGUAUCACCGACUUGGACCCCGGCAACAACCGCAGCUGAAACAACGCCCCACCCAGUGUUACCGUCUUGGACGCCUGCAACAACAGCGGCUGAGCCAACAUCCAACCUAGUCUCCUUGACUUGGACUCCGGAAACAACGGCGGCCGAGCCAACGCCCCACCCAAUUUCACCGACUUGGACGCCGGCAACAAGGGCGGCCGAGCAAACACACCACCCAGUCACACCGACUUGGACUCCGGCAACAACGACACACGAGCUAACGCCCGACCCAUUCUCACCGACUUUGAUUCCUGCAACAACGGCAGCCGAGCCAAUGCCCAACCCAGUCUCACCAAUUUGGACUCCAGUAACAACGGCGGCCAAGAAAAUGGACAACACAGUAUCAUCGACUUGGACUCCGGCAACAACAGCGGCCGAGCCAAUGCCCAACCCACUCUCACCAACUUGGACUCCGGCAACAACGGCGACCGAGCAAACGGACAACCCAGUAUCACCGACUUGGACACCGGCAACAACGGCGGCCGAGCCAACGCCACUCCCAUUCUCACCGACUUGGAUGCCUGCAAUAACGGUGGCCGAGCCAAUGCCCAACCCAAUCUCACCGACAUGGACGCUGGCAACAACGACGGCCGAGCCGACACUCCACCCAGUCACACCGACUUGGAAUGCGGCAACAACGGCGGCCGAGCCAAUGCACAACCCAGUCUCACCAACUUGGACUCCAGCAACAACGGCGGCCAAGCAAACGGACAACCCAGUAUCACCGACUUGGACUCCGGCAACAACCGCGGCCGAGCCAACUCCCCACCUGGUCUCACCAACUUGGACGCCGGCAACAACGAUGGCCGAGCCAACGCCUCACCCUUUCUCACCGACUUGGAUGCCUGCAACAUCAGCGGCCGAGCCAACGCCCCACCCUUUCUCACCGACUUGGAUGCCUGCAACAACGGCGGCCGAGCCAAUGCCCAACCCAGUCCCACCAACUUGGACUCCGGCAACAACGGCGGCCGAACCACAGGACAACCCAGUGUCACCGACUUGGACCCUGUCAACAACAGCGGCCGAGCCAAUGCCCAACCCAGUCUCACCAACUCGGACUCCGGCAACAACGGCGGCCGAGCCAACGGACAACCCAGUAUCACCGACUUGGACCCCGGCAACAACCGCAGCUGAAACAACGCCCCACCCAGUGUUACCGUCUUGGACGCCUGCAACAACAGCGGCUGAGCCAACAUCCAACCUAGUCUCCUUGACUUGGACUCCGGAAACAACGGCGGCCGAGCCAACGCCCCACCCAAAUUCACCGACUUGGACGCCGGCAAAAAGGGCGGCCGAGCAAACACACCACCCAGUCACACCGACUUGGACUCCGGCAACAACGACACACGAGCUAACGCCCGACCCAUUCUCACCGACUUUGAUUCCUGCAACAACGGCAGCCGAGCCAAUGCCCAACCCAGUCUCACCAACUUGGACUCCAGUAACAACGGCGGCCAAGAAAAUGGACAACACAGUAUCAUCGACUUGGACUCCGGCAACAACAGCGGCCGAGCCAAUGCCCAACCCACUCUCACCAACUUGGACUCCGGCAACAACGGCGACCGAGCAAACGGACAACCCAGUAUCACCGACUUGGACUCCGGCAACAACGGCGGCCGAGCCAACGCCACUCCCAUUCUCACCUACUUGGAUGCCUGCAAUAACGGUGGCCGAGCCAAUGCCCAACCCAAUCUCACCGACAUGGACGCUGGCAACAACGACGGCCGAGCCGACGCUCCACCCAGUCACACCGACUUGGAAUGCGGCAACAACGGCGGCCGAGCCAAUGCACAACCCAGUCUCACCAACUUGGACUCCAGCAACAACGGCGGCCAAGCAAACGGACAACCCAGUAUCAUCGACUUGGACUCCGGCAACAACCGCGGCCGAGCCAACUCCCCACCUGGUCUCACCAACUUGGACGCCGGCAACAACGAUGGCCGAGCCAACGCCUCGCCCUUUCUCACCGACUUGGAUGCCUGCAACAUCAGCGGCCGAGCCAACGCCCCACCCUUUCUCACCGACUUGGAUGCCUGCAACAACGGCGGCCGAGCCAAUGCCCAACCCAGUCCCACCAACUUGGACUCCGGCAACAACGGCGGCCGAACCACAGGACAACCCAGUGUCACCGACUUGGACCCUGUCAACAACAGCGGCCGAGCCAAUGCCCAACCCAGUCUCACCAACUCGGACUCCGGCAACAACGGCGGCCGAGCCAACGGACAACCCAGUAUCACCGACUUGGACCCCGGCAACAACCGCAGCUGAAACAACGCCCCACCCAGUGUUACCGUCUUGGACGCCUGCAACAACAGCGGCUGAGCCAACAUCCAACCUAGUCUCCUUGACUUGGACUCCGGAAACAACGGCGGCCGAGCCAACGCCCCACCCAAUUUCACCGACUUGGACGCCGGCAACAAGGGCGGCCGAGCAAACACACCACCCAGUCACACCGACUUGGACUCCGGCAACAACGACACACGAGCUAACGCCCGACCCAUUCUCACCGACUUUGAUUCCUGCAACAACGGCAGCCGAGCCAAUGCCCAACCCAGUCUCACCAACUUGGACUCCAGUAACAACGGCGGCCAAGAAAAUGGACAACACAGUAUCAUCGACUUGGACUCCGGCAACAACAGCGGCCGAGCCAAUGCCCAACCCACUCUCACCAACUUGGACUCCGGCAACAACGGCGGCCGAGCAAACGGACAACCCAGUAUCACCGACUUGGACUCCGGCAACAACGGCGGCCGAGCCAACGCCACUCCCAUUCUCACCGACUUGGAUGCCUGCAAUAACGGUGGCCGAGCCAAUGCCCAACCCAAUCUCACCGACAUGGACGCUGGCAACAACGACGGCCGAGCCGACACUCCACCCAGUCACACCGACUUGGAAUGCGGCAACAACGGCGGCCGAGCCAAUGCACAACCCAGUCUCACCAACUUGGACUCCAGCAACAACGGCGGCCAAGCAAACGGACAACCCAGUAUCACCGACUUGGACUCCGGCAACAACCGCGGCCGAGCCAACUCCCCACCUGGUCUCACCAACUUGGACGCCGGCAACAACGAUGGCCGAGCCAACGCCUCACCCUUUCUCACCGACUUGGAUGCCUGCAACAUCAGCGGCCGAGCCAACGCCCCACCCUUUCUCACCGACUUGGAUGCCUGCAACAACGGCGGCCGAGCCAAUGCCCAACCCAGUCCCACCAACUUGGACUCCGGCAACAACGGCGGCCGAACCACAGGACAACCCAGUGUCACCGACUUGGACCCUGUCAACAACAGCGGCCGAGCCAAUGCCCAACCCAGUCUCACCAACUCGGACUCCGGCAACAACGGCGGCCGAGCCAACGGACAACCCAGUAUCACCGACUUGGACCCCGGCAACAACCGCAGCUGAAACAACGCCCCACCCAGUGUUACCGUCUUGGACGCCUGCAACAACAGCGGCUGAGCCAACAUCCAACCUAGUCUCCUUGACUUGGACUCCGGAAACAACGGCGGCCGAGCCAACGCCCCACCCAAAUUCACCGACUUGGACGCCGGCAAAAAGGGCGGCCGAGCAAACACACCACCCAGUCACACCGACUUGGACUCCGGCAACAACGACACACGAGCUAACGCCCGACCCAUUCUCACCGACUUGGAUUCCUGCAACAACGGCAGCCGAGCCAAUGCCCAACCCAGUCUCACCAACUUGGACUCCAGUAACAACGGCGGCCAAGAAAAUGGACAACACAGUAUCAUCGACUUGGACUCCGGCAACAACAGCGGCCGAGCCAAUUCCCAACCCACUCUCACCAACUUGGACUCCGGCAACAACGGCGGCCGAGCAAACGGACAACCCAGUAUCACCGACUUGGACUCCGGCAACAACGGCGGCCGAGCCAACGCCACUCCCAUUCUCACCUACUUGGAUGCCUGCAAUAACGGUGGCCGAGCCAAUGCCCAACCCAAUCUCACCGACAUGGACGCUGGCAACAACGACGGCCGAGCCGACGCUCCACCCAGUCACACCGACUUGGAAUGCGGCAACAACGGCGGCCGAGCCAAUGCACAACCCAGUCUCACCAACUUGGACUCCAGCAACAACGGCGGCCAAGCAAACGGACAACCCAGUAUCACCGACUUGGACUCCGGCAACAACCGCGGCCGAGCCAACUCCCCACCUGGUCUCACCAACUUGGACGCCGGCAACAACGAUGGCCGAGCCAACGCCUCGCCCUUUCUCACCGACUUGGAUGCCUGCAACAUCAGCGGCCGAGCCAACGCCCCACCCUUUCUCACCGACUUGGAUGCCUGCAACAACGGCGGCCGAGCCAAUGCCCAACCCAGUCCCACCAACUUGGACUCCGGCAACAACGGCGGCCGAACCACAGGACAACCCAGUGUCACCGACUUGGACCCUGUCAACAACAGCGGCCGAGCCAAUGCCCAACCCAGUCUCACCAACUCGGACUCCGGCAACAACGGCGGCCGAGCCAACGGACAACCCAGUAUCACCGACUUGGACCCCGGCAACAACCGCAGCUGAAACAACGCCCCACCCAGUGUUACCGUCUUGGACGCCUGCAACAACAGCGGCUGAGCCAACAUCCAACCUAGUCUCCUUGACUUGGACUCCGGAAACAACGGCGGCCGAGCCAACGCCCCACCCAAUUUCACCGACUUGGACGCCGGCAACAAGGGCGGCCGAGCAAACACACCACCCAGUCACACCGACUUGGACUCCGGCAACAACGACACACGAGCUAACGCCCGACCCAUUCUCACCGACUUUGAUUCCUGCAACAACGGCAGCCGAGCCAAUGCCCAACCCAGUCUCACCAACUUGGACUCCAGUAACAACGGCGGCCAAGAAAAUGGACAACACAGUAUCAUCGACUUGGACUCCGGCAACAACAGCGGCCGAGCCAAUGCCCAACCCACUCUCACCAACUUGGACUCCGGCAACAACGGCGGCCGAGCAAACGGACAACCCAGUAUCACCGACUUGGACUCCGGCAACAACGGCGGCCGAGCCAACGCCACUCCCAUUCUCACCGACUUGGAUGCCUGCAAUAACGGUGGCCGAGCCAAUGCCCAACCCAAUCUCACCGACAUGGACGCUGGCAACAACGACGGCCGAGCCGACACUCCACCCAGUCACACCGACUUGGAAUGCGGCAACAACGGCGGCCGAGCCAAUGCACAACCCAGUCUCACCAACUUGGACUCCAGCAACAACGGCGGCCAAGCAAACGGACAACCCAGUAUCACCGACUUGGACUCCGGCAACAACCGCGGCCGAGCCAACUCCCCACCUGGUCUCACCAACUUGGACGCCGGCAACAACGAUGGCCGAGCCAACGCCUCGCCCUUUCUCACCGACUUGGAUGCCUGCAACAUCAGCGGCCGAGACAACGCCCCACCCUUUCUCACCGACUUGGAUGCCUGCAACAACGGCGGCCGAGCCAAUGCCCAACCCAGUCCCACCAACUUGGACUCCGGCAACAACGGCGGCCGAACCACAGGACAACCCAGUGUCACCGACUUGGACCCUGUCAACAACAGCGGCCGAGCCAAUGCCCAACCCAGUCUCACCAACUCGGACUCCGGCAACAACGGCGGCCGAGCCAACGGACAACCCAGUAUCACCGACUUGGACCCCGGCAACAACCGCAGCUGAAACAACGCCCCACCCAGUGUUACCGUCUUGGACGCCUGCAACAACAGCGGCUGAGCCAACAUCCAACCUAGUCUCCUUGACUUGGACUCCGGAAACAACGGCGGCCGAGCCAACGCCCCACCCAAUUUCACCGACUUGGACGCCGGCAACAAGGGCGGCCGAGCAAACACACCACCCAGUCACACCGACUUGGACUCCGGCAACAACGACACACGAGCUAACGCCCGACCCAUUCUCACCGACUUUGAUUCCUGCAACAACGGCAGCCGAGCCAAUGCCCAACCCAGUCUCACCAACUUGGACUCCAGUAACAACGGCGGCCAAGAAAAUGGACAACACAGUAUCAUCGACUUGGACUCCGGCAACAACAGCGGCCGAGCCAAUGCCCAACCCACUCUCACCAACUUGGACUCCGGCAACAACGGCGGCCGAGCAAACGGACAACCCAGUAUCACCGACUUGGACUCCGGCAACAACGGCGGCCGAGCCAACGCCACUCCCAUUCUCACCUACUUGGAUGCCUGCAAUAACGGUGGCCGAGCCAAUGCCCAACCCAAUCUCACCGACAUGGACGCUGGCAACAACGACGGCCGAGCCGACGCUCCACCCAGUCACACCGACUUGGAAUGCGGCAACAACGGCGGCCGAGCCAAUGCACAACCCAGUCUCACCAACUUGGACUCCAGCAACAACGGCGGCCAAGCAAACGGACAACCCAGUAUCACCGACUUGGACUCCGGCAACAACCGCGGCCGAGCCAACGCCCCACCUGGUCUCACCAACUUGGACGCCGGCAACAACGAUGGCCGAGCCAACGCCUCGCCCUUUCUCACCGACUUGGAUGCCUGCAACAUCAGCGGCCGAGCCAACGCCCCACCCUUUCUCACCGACUUGGAUGCCUGCAACAACGGCGGCCGAGCCAAUGCCCAACCCAGUCCCACCAACUUGGACUCCGGCAACAACGGCGGCCGAACCACAGGACAACCCAGUGUCACCGACUUGGACCCUGUCAACAACAGCGGCCGAGCCAAUGCCUAACCCAGUCUCACCAACUCGGACUCCGGCAACAACGGCGGCUGAGCCAACGGACAACCCAGUAUCACCGACUUGGACCCCGGCAACAACCGCAGCUGAAACAACGCCCCACCCGGUCCCACCAAGUUGGACGCCGGCAACAACCGCACCCGAGCAAAUGCCCCACCCGGUCUCACCGACUUGGAUGCCUGCAACAACGGCGGCCGAGCCAAUGCCCAACCCAGUCUCACCAUCUUGGACUCCGGCAACAACGGCGGCUGAACCAACGGACAACCUAGUCUCACCAACUUGGACUCCGGCAACAACGGCGGCCGAGCCAAUGCCCAACCCAGUCUCACCAACUUGGCCUCCAUUAACAACGGCAGCCGAGCCAACGGACAACCCAGUAUCACCAACUUGGACUACGGCAACAACCAUGGCCAAGCCAGCGCUCCACCCAGUCUCACCGACUUCAACUGCAGCAACAUCGGCGGCCGAGCCAACGCCCCACCCAUUCUCACCGACUUGGAUGCCUGCAACAAUGACGGCCGAGCCAAUGCCCAACCCAGUCUCACCAUCUUGGACUCUGGCAACAACAGCGGCUGAACCAACGGACAACCCAGUCCCACCAACUUGGACUCCGGCAACAACGGCAGCCGAGCCAGGGGACAACCCAGUAUCACCGACUUGGACUCCGGCAACAACCGCAGCUGAGCCAACGCCCCACCCGGUCCCACCAACUUGGACGCCGGCAACAACCGCAGCCGAGCAGAUGCCCCACACGGUCACACCGACUUGGACACCGGCAACAACGGUGGCAGAGCCAACGCUCCACCCAGUCACAUCAACUUGGACUCUGGCAACAACCGCCCCCGAGAAAAUGCCCCACCCGGUCACAUCGACUUGGACACCUGCAACAACGGCGGCCGAGCCAACAUCUAACCUAGUCUCCCCAACUUGGACUCCGGCAACAACGGCGCCCGAGCCAACGGCCCAUCCGGUCACAACAAUGGCGGGCGAGCCAACGCUCCACCCAGUCUUACCGACUUGGACGCCUGAAACAACGGCGGCCGAGCAAACGGACAACCCAGUAUCACCGACUUGGACUCCGGCAACAACGGCGGCCGAGCCAACGCCACUCCCAUUCUCACCGACUUGGAUGCUUGCAAUAACGGUGGCCGAGCCAAUGCCCAACCCAAUCUCACCGACAUGGACGCUGGCAACGACGGCCGAGCCGAUGCUCCACCCAGUCACACCGACUUGGAAUGCGGCAACAACGGCGGCCGAGCCAAUGCACAACCCAGUCUCACCAACUUGGACUCCAGCAACAACGGCGGCCAAGCAAACGGACAACCCAGUAUCACCGACUUGGACUCCGGCAACAACCGCGGCCGAGCCAACGCCCCACCUGGUCUCACCAACUUGGACGCCGGCAACAACGAUGGCCGAGCCAACGCCUCACCCUUUCUCACCGACUUGGAUGCCUGCAACAUCAGCGGCCGAGCCAACGCCCCACCCUUUCUCACCGACUUGGAUGCCUGCAACAAUGGCGGCCGAGCCAAUGCCCAACCCAGUCCCACCAACUUGGACUCCGGCAACAACGGCGGCCGAACCACAGGACAACCCAGUGUCACCGACUUGGACCCUGUCAACAACAGCGGCCGAGCCAAUGCCCAACCCAGUCUCACCAACUCGGACUCCGGCAACAACGGCGGCCGAGCCAACGGACAACCCAGUAUCACCGACUUGGACCCCGGCAACAACCGCAGCUGAGCCAACGCCCCACCCGGUCCCACCAAGUUGGACGCCGGCAACAACCGCACCCGAGCAAAUGCCCCACCCGGUCUCACCGACUUGGAUGCCUGCAACAACGGCGGCCGAGCCAAUGCCCAACCCAGUCUCACUAUCUUGGACUCCGGCAACAACGGCGGCUGAACCAACGGACAACCUAGUCUCACCAACUUGGACUCCGGCAACAACGGCGGCCGAGCCAAUGCCCAACCCAGUCUCACCAACUUGGCCUCCAGCAACAACGGCAGCCGAGCCAACGGACAACCCAGUAUCACCAACUUGGACUACGGCAACAACCAUGGCCAAGCCAGCGCUCCACCCAGUCUCACCGACUUCAACUGCAGCAACAUCGGCGGCCGAGCCAACGCCCCACCCAUUCUCACCGACUUGGAUGCCUGCAACAACGACGGCCGAGCCAAUGCCCAACCCAGUCUCACCAUCUUGGACUCUGGCAACAACAGCGGCUGAACCAACGGACAACCCAGUCCCACCAACUUGGACUCCGGCAACAACGGCAGCCGAGCCAGGGGACAACCCAGUAUCACCGACUUGGACUCCGGCAACAACCGCAGCUGAGCCAACUCCCCACCCGGUCCCACCAACUUGGACGCCGGCAACAACCGCAGCCGAGCAGAUGCCCCACACGGUCACACCGACUUGGACACCGGCAACAACGGUGGCCGAGCCAACGCUCCACCCAGUCACAUCAACUUGGACUCCGGCAACAACCGCCCCCGAGAAAAUGCCCCACCCGGUCACAUCGACUUGGACACCUGCAACAACGGCGGCCGAACCAACAUCUAACCUAGUCUCCCCAACUUGGACUCCGGCAACAACGGCGCCCGAGCCAACGGCCCAUCCGGUCACAACAACGGCGGGCGAGCCAACGCUCCACCCAGUCUUACCGACUUGGACGCCUGAAACAAUGGCGGCUGAGCCAACACCCAACCGAGUCUCACCAACUUGGACUCCGGCAACAACCAUGGCCAAGCCAACACCCCACCCGGUCACACCGACUUGGACACCGGCAACAACGCCGGCCGAGCCAAUGCUCCACCCAGUCUCACCGACUUGGACUGCAGCAACAUCGGCGGCCGAGCCAAUGCCCCACCCAUUCUCACCGACUUGGAUGCCUGCAACAACGGCGGCCGAGCAAAUACCCAACCCAGUCUCACCAUCUUGGACUCCGGCAACAACGGCGGCCGAGCCAACGGACAACCCAGCAUCACCGACUUGGACUCCGGCAACAACCGCGGCCGAGCCAAUGCCCCACCCGGUCUCACCGACUUGGACGCCUGCAUUAAUGGCGGCUGAGCCAACACCCAACCGAGUGUCACCAACUUGGACUCCGGCAACAACCAUGGCCAAGCCAACACCCCACCCGGUCACACCGACUUGGACGCAGCCAACACCUCACCCAGUCACACCGACUUGGAACCCUGCAAUAACAGCGGGCGAGCCAACGCUCCACCCAGUCUCACCGACUUGGACACCGGCAACAACGGCGGCCGAGCCAACGGACAACCCAGCAUCACCGACUUGGACUCCGGCAACAACCGCGGCCGAGCCAACGCCCCACCCGGUCUCACCGACGUGGACGCCUGCAUUAAUGGCGGCUGAGCCAACACCCAACCGAGUGUCACCAACUUGGACUCCGGCAACAACCAUGGCCAAGCCAACACCCCACCCGGUCACACCAACUUGGACGCAGCCAACACCUCACCCAGUCACACCGACUUGGACCCCUGCAAUAACAGCGGGCGAGCCAACGCUCCACCCAGUCUCACCGACUUGGACACCGGCAACAACGGCGGCCGAGCCAACGGACAACCCAGUAUCACCGACUUGGACUCCGGCAACAACCGCGGCCGAGCCAACGCCCCACCCGGUCUCACCGACUCGGACGCCGGCAACAACAGUGGCCGAGCAAACACCUCACCCAAUUUCACCGACUUGGACGCCGCCAACGACGACGGCCGAGCCAACAAUCCACCCGGUCUCACUGACUUGGACGCCUGCAACAACGGCAGCCGUGCCAUCACCUGACCCAGUCCAGCCAACUCCUGACCCCAGCAAGCCCACAGAUCACUCGGAAGACAACUUGAGCGUCACCGUCCUUGCUGUUGUCACGGUGGGGGUCGUUGCUGUGAUGGUCCUUCUGUCGGUCAUCAUCACCCUGAUUGUUAAGCGUCACAGAAACAGACAAGGUUACUUGCUUUUCCUCCUGUUUCACUAGUCUGAUGUCUCUCCUGAUUGACUGAUCCUUGCCCACCUCUGCCACUGGCUUCUCCCCCUUCAAGUGUGUCUACGGCUACCAGCCAGUGUUCCCAGACUCAGAGCCAGAGGUUUCCGUGCCCUCAGCCCACGCCCUGGUGCACCGAUGCCGUCGUAUCUGGCUCGCGGCCCGACAAGUGCUCGCUCGCCAAGGAGAUCGGGUCAAGAACGCAGCAGAUCGAAAGCGCCGCCCAGCACCUAAUUACCAGCCAGGACAGAAAGUAUGGCUAUCCGCCAAAAACCUGCACCUGAAGGUCCCCUCCAAGAAAUUGGCGCCAAGAUUCGUGGGUCCAUUCCCCAUCGCCAAGGUCAUCGGUCCGGCAGCAGUACGCCUUCGUCUACCCAGGUCACUCCGUGUCCACCCUACCUUCCACGUCAGCGAAGUCAAGCCCGCCAAAGGGAACCCUAUGGUCCCAGCCACCAAACCCCCCCAACCCCGCCGCUGGAAGCAGCAGAUGGAGGCCUUCUGUACCAGGUCAAGAGACUGUUAGCGGUACGCAACAGAGGUCGAGGAAGACAGUUCUUGGUGGAUUGGGAGGGGUACGGUCCCAAAGAAAGACAGUGGAUACCCCAGCGGAACAUUGAUGACCCCUCCUGAUCCGGGACUUCUAUAGACUCCACCCUGAGGUCCCUGGGCCGUCAGGAGUCGGCCCUAGAAGGGGGGGUUCUUUCAGACCUGGGUAAAGUCUUGUCUGGGUGUCGUCUGGUUUUAUGUUGUUUUGGCAUUUCCUGUUUUAUUUUGAAAGGUUAACUCUCCCUCUCAUUUCAGGUCACUUGCUCUUCCUCCUGUUUCACUGGUCUGAUGUCUCUCCUGAUUGCCUGAUUGUGCCCACCUGUGUCACCCUCCCUCAUGUGUAGAAAUGUCUCGUCCUCCUCUUGUCCUGUGCCAGAGUGUUUCGUAUCGUCUUGUGCGUACCUCCAGCGUUCCCUUGCCACAGUCCUGUUCACAGCCAUUGCCACGUCUUUGUACCUUUUGACCCAUGGGGAUCAUUUGUUUGUAGACCUUUUUGUCAGGUAAGAUUAAGCUUCCUAGCAUUUCCUCCAUUGGAGCGCUUUUUGUUGUAUUUUGCAUAUUGUAUUCAUAGCACCUUUUUUCCCUCCGCAGCUGGAGCGUUUUGAGUUUAUUGAUAUUUUUGUUAGUUUAGAGAUCAGGUUAGUGCUGUUUUUGAUAGCCUGUUUUGUUUCUCCCGUUUUGGACCCCUCCCUG